GCCAUGUCAUAAACACCAAUCCAUUCACUGCUUGGCUCUUGAAUUUGGUGAUGAAAGUAAGGAAUACGGCAGUGGGUUUUUCCCAGCUCGUGAAACCCAUGCCUACCCAUCAGAGGUGAGGCGUAUUCCAUGAUCUAGAGGGAAACUGAAUCCCUGGAAUAACUCUGGAGAGGCUGCUGUGCUCCUACAAUAAACAGAGCACUGCUAUCGAAGCUGGCUCUCCACAAACCUUUAGUGUGUGAGCCAGGGGAUGUGUUCUCACAAGUGAGGGGCAAUCCCCUGUGCGCUGUCACACACGUCCAUGAGGGCAAUGCCACUUCAGAAACCUUAUCCCUGUGCUAGCCCCGCUCUGAGCUUGGUGGAGGGCAAGGUCCACGCUGGUGAUGGUGACCGGAUUGUUCUGUUCUGUGCAGGCAGGGCUGAGCUACCGAGGGCCAUGGAGCACAGCAGCAGAGUGGACAGGAGGAUCCUGGCACUGAGAGCACGAGCCCAGACACUCGACUUGGAAAGGAAAGCCUUCAUCCAUCUGGUUGAACAGCUCAAAGAGGAGCUCUUUGAGUACCAGAAGAGGGAGAAGCAAGGACUGCCUGCGCCAGCCGAGGCUGAAGGAGUCGCUGUGCCCUCUCUGCAGACACAGGGCACAAAGGAUGAAGGGAGGAGUGAAGGAGGCUGUGUUCCAGGCAAAGCUGGCUCGGAUCAAGAAGAUGGGUAUCAGGAUAGUGAAGCACUUCACAGAAGGUGCUGGGAGGUGAUUGAGACCAGCAUUGAUUCACAGCUCCUUCCCAAGCUGCAAACACUGGAGCAGGAGCACAAGGCUUUGCUUGAGUGCAGUGAAGAUCUGGAUUCGACUCCGGGAGAGACACAGAUCCAAAGCAAGCAGGAGAAGGAACACUUUGAGAGUGCGGUGGAGGGACUUCAACAGCAAGUUAUAAGUUUAGAAGCAGAGUUACUUCAAGUGCAGAAGAACAAAGCUGAGAUGAAUGGGGAUGAGCAGGUGUUGUCUGGAGCGCAAGAGAUGCAAGAGAUGUUGAAAAGCUGUCAGGAAACAAUAGAAAAACUGGGAAAUCAGCUGGGAGAGCGGAGAGAACGGAGGAAGCAGCUUGCAUCUGAACUGGAACUCUUACGAGAAGAUCUGAAGGCUGAGAAGAAGGUGCUGGGCAGCCAGGUCUCUGGACUCCUACAAGAAAGAGAACAGAUUGAAAACCUCGAGCAGACACAUGAACAUCUAUGUACAGAUGAAAAGAGACCUGAAGACCAGAUCAAGAACUCAAGGGAUGAACAAGAACUGCUCUGUCCUGAGUUACCAGGCAGCAACAAGAAGAGGGAGGAGCUAGAAAAGCAGCUGAAAGAGAGCAAUGAAGACAAGCGGUUGAUCCUGGAAGAGCUUGCCCAGCUAAACCAAGGUGUUCUGGCUACCCAGGAGCAGGGCGACAGCGUGCUUGGAGAGACCCUGAGGAUGAAUCAAGGCUUGGCACAGGGAGGGAAGAGGUUUCCCGUGUCGCAGAGCUCUGCAGGCAGUUCAGAUGGGAGCGUUAAACAGGCUCUGACCCAGGAGAGCUUCCAGCAGCAGGAGGAGAAGCUGCAGCAGCUCCAGCAGGACCUGCGCCGGGUUCAGAACUUGUGCAGCUCAGCCGAGAGGGAGCUGAGGUACGAGAGGGAGAAGAACAUCGACUUCCAGAAGCAAAACCUCUUGCUCCAACAGGAAUGCACCAAGGUCAAAGCCGAGCUGAAGCAAGCCCGGGCAAAACUCUUGGACACAACAGAAACAUGCUCCGCUCUCACCGCACAGUGGGAAAAAAGCCAGCAGAAGGUCAAAGAACUCGAACAAGAGCUCCUGAAGUGCUCCCAGGCUGACAAACUGCAGAGCAGGCUGCAAGAGAAGCUUGCACAGGAGAAAUCCAACGUGUGCGAAGCACAGAAGAAGAUCUCAAAACUCCAGCAAAAGCUGAAGGAGUCCCAGCACCAGCUCCUGCUGGCAGAGGCCCAUGUGUCAGACAAGAAACUCCUGGAGGAGGAACUGAAGGAGGCCCGAGAAAAUGAAGCUCGUGUGCAGCAAGAACUUCAUGAGGAGCAGCUGAAAAGGAAGCUCCCGGAGCAGCAGGUGGAGAUGCUGCAGCAACAGCUCCGGCAUUCCCGGGAGACGGAGGCAUCGCUGGCCAAGAUGCACGUGGAGCUGCAGGCCAAGACUCUGCACGUCCUGGACAGCGAGAGGAAAACCGACUCGAGCGAGCACCUCCAGUGCCAGAAGGAGAACCAGAAGCUUUCAGAGCAGCUUGCUCUGCUGAAGGAGGAAAACAAAGCCCUUUAUGAGGAAGGAGUCCGGAUCCUGAGCCAGAAGGAUCUGUGUGUCAGGAAAUACAACGAAACGCAGCUCCGCCACAAAGCCAAGAUCCGCAGGGCCAAGGAGACCUUUAUCCACGAGGUGAAACAAAGGGACAGCAGGAUCAAGCAGCUUGAAAAUGAGCUCAGCGAGUCAAAGCUCCAAGUGGAAAAGGGGAAGAUGCUGGUUGCUCAGAUCACUGCUGAGAAUGAGAAAUUCCUGCAGGAAAGACGACGGCUCCUGCAGAAGAUCACUGACCAAGAGGAGACCCUGUGGAGCAACCGCUCCAUGAUUGCCACCCUGCAGAGCAGAGUGAAGAUCCUGGAUGAGGAGCUCAUGCGGCUGCACGAGGGCAAGCUCCAGCUCUCUGGCCACGUGCCCACCUCGCAGCGCGCACCAGGGAGCAUCCACGCUUCCAACACGGAGGACUUGAAGAGCAUCACCUCCUCUGACCGCCGUCUACAGGGCAAGGUGUUGCCAUCUCCCCAUGCCAGCUUCCCACCACGAGAUCCACCGGAUUCGCUGAGCAUCCUGAAGGGCACACAACACCCAAAGCCUGAAGGAGAAGCCGAAAGUCAAGACUUGGCCUUUUGCUUAUCCCCCUGUCAGCCUUCUGAGCUCGGGUACUUAAAUGUAGCUUCGCCUGGAGACACCACAGCCUCCCAGCGGCAGGACGAGAGGCAGGGGAGCAGCUCUGGGAACUCGUGAACAGGGGAAGAUGCACCGGUGAGCUCCUCAAAG